GGGAAAGGUAGCCAAGUGGAGAUGUUCUCUCUACCUGUAUAAUACUUAAGGCCAAAAAUCUCAUCAGUGACUACCAGUCGCUCUGCCGCACUGAGGCCUCACACGCAGAGCGCCCCAUGGCCGGAGUAUCAUGGGCGGUGUCUCUGCUGUUACUACUGGCGCUCCAGCCUCCGAUGGUGUCUGCAAUCCCUGCCCAACACCUGUGUGGCUCUCGCCUGGUCGAUGCCCUCUACUUCGUUUGCGGAGAGCGAGGCUUUUUCUACAGUCGCAACCGACCCUACAAGCGGGAUUUAGAUCAUCUGCUCGGGUUCCUGUCCAAAAGGGCCAGACAGGAGCAGCAGCGGCCGACGGAGGCUCAUAACGAGCCCAAGGUGAAGAGAGGCAUCGUGGAGCAGUGCUGCCACAGGCCGUGCAGCGUUUACCACCUGGAGGGCUACUGCGACUGACUCGUCCCUCCUCACACACCAUCACUCAUACCAUGUAAAGUCCACUUCCACACUACUAGUCCUGGCUAUGUCUGAUUAACUGAAGGAAAAUAAAGCAUCAUGACCCAUAA